AUGGGUUAUGUAAAACUUGUAUUUUUUAUGCUAUAUCCCUUUCUCUGUCAACUUGAUUUCUCCUCAUCGUCACCUUAUUUGUGCCCCGAAGAUCAAGUUCUUUCUCUUCUACAAUUCAAGCACAUGUUUACAAUAAAUCCUAAUGCUUCUGCUGUUUGUGACUUUUCACAUCCAAAAACACUUUCGUGGAACAAAAGCACAAAUUGUUGCUCAUGGGAUGGAGUUUAUUGUGAUGGGAUGACACGACAAGUGAUUGAGAUCAACCUCACUUGCAGCCAACUUCAAGGCACGUUUCAUCCCAACAGUAGCCUCUUUCAACUCUCCAAUCUCAAAAGGCUUGGUUUGUCUGGUAAUGAUUUCUCUGCAUCCAACAUUUCACCUAAAUUUGGUGGAUUUUCUAACUUGACGCAUCUUGAUUUGUCGUAUUCAAGUUUUACCGGUCUAAUCCCUUCUGAAAUCUCCCACCUCUCUAAAUUACGUGUUCUUAAUAUUCGGAGUUAUUAUCCAUAUGGUCUUAGAUUCGGACCUCAGAAUUUUGGACUGCUUCUUAGGAACUUAACCCAGUUAAGAGAUCUUCAACUUGACUCUGUGAACAUCUCUUCCACUGUUCCUCUAAAUUUCUCUUCUUAUUUAACGACUCUAAGGCUUCCAUACACACAAUUAGUUGGGGUAUUUCCCAAAGGAGUUUUCCACCUUUCUGAUUUAGUAUCUCUUGAUUUAACAUACAAUCCCCAGCUCACUGUUAGGUUUCCUACGACCAAAUGGAAUAGCAGUGCAUCACUCAUCAAUUUACGGCUCAGUCGUAUGAAUUUUACUGGUGAGAUACCUGAAUCAUUUGGCUAUUUAACUUCACUGUAUGCCUUGGACAUGAGCUAUUCUAAUCUCUCAGGUCCCAUUCCUAAACCUCUAUCGAAUCUCACCCACAUACAGACUUUGAUCCUUGAUUUUUCGUCCAAUUUCCUAACUGGUCCAAUUCCAUCAAACGUAAGCGGACUGCAAAACCUACAAUGGCUCAUCUUGUCAUCAAACCACUUGAAUGGGACUAUACCAUCCUGGAUAUUCACCCUUUCUUCACUAACUGAUUUAGACUUGAGUGAUAACAAUUUCAGUGGAAAAAUUCAAGAGUUCAAGUCCAAAACAUUGUCUUACGUUACUCUAAAACAAAAUCAGCUGGAAGGUCCUAUUCCAAAAUCAUUCCUAAACCAGCAGAGCCUAGAAGUUCUUCUCCUUUCGCUAAAUAAUCUCAGUGGACAGAUUUCUUCAACCAUCUGCAAUCUGAAAACACUAGCAGGGCUAGAUCUUGGAAAUAAUAAUUUGAAGGGAAUGAUCCCACGAUGUCUAGGUGAGAUGAGUGCAGUUAGAGUUUUGGAUUUGAGCAACAAUAAUCUUAGUGGGACAACUAAAACUACUUUUAGUAUUGGAAACCAACUCAGCGUCAUUAAAUUGCAUGGGAAUAAGCUAGAGGGGAAAGUCCCACGAUCUUUGAUCAAUUGCAAGUAUUUGGAAGUUCUUGAUUUAGGUAACAAUGAGUUGAAUGAUACCUUUCCAAAAUGGUUAGGAACUCUACCAAAUUUAAAAAUUGUAAGCUUGAGAUCAAAUCAGUUGCAUGGUCACAUCAAAGUUUCAAAGAACAAAAACUUGUUUGCCCAACUUCAAAUUCUAGAUGUCUCAUCCAAUGGGUUUAGUGGGAAUUUACCAGCUAGUCUUUUUGAGAAUUUCCAAGCCAUGAGGAUAAAUGAUCCAAACGUGAGAACCCCAGGGUAUGUAGGAGAUACAUUUACUAUUUAUUAUGAGUAUGUGAUCGCAAUUACAACAAAGGGACGGGAUCUUGAAUCUGUUAGAGUUUUUCCUAAAAACAUAAUCAUCAAUCUCUCUAAUAAUAGAUUUGAAGGUUAUAUUCCAAGUAUUGUUGGAGAUCUCGUUGGACUUCGUACGUUGAACUUAUCUCAUAAUCGCUUGGAAGGUCAUAUACCAGCAUCACUACAACAUUUAUCUGUACUUGAAUCGUUGGAUCUCUCAUCUAACAAAAUCGGAGGAGGAAUUCCACAACAACUUGCAUCCCUCACAUUUCUUGCAGUCUUAAACCUUUCUCACAAUCAACUUGUUGGUUGCAUCCCCAAAGGAAAACAAUUUGAUACAUUUGAGAGGAGUUCAUACCAAGGAAAUGAUGGAUUACGUGGAUUUCCACUUCCAAAAGAUUGUGGUGGUGAUGAUGGGGUAUCGCAAAGGACAACUCCAGUUGAGCUAGAUCAAGGAGAAGGCGAAGAUUCAACAAUGAUCAGUUGGCAGGCAAUUCUCAUGGGUUACGGUUGUGGUCUAGUUGUUGUACUAUCCUUAAUAUACAUAAUGCUGGCAACCCAAUAUCCAGCAUGGUUUUCGAGGAUGAUUGAAGAAUUAGAGCACAAAAUUAUUACGAGAGUGAAAAAGCACAAGAGAAGAAAAUAG